GCGGAAUUUAUAAACGUUGCUUGACGUCGGUGUGAUUCAAAUGUCAUAAUUGCGCCUUCGUGUCUAAUGUCUGACCAUUUGAACUAAAUGUCCAGUUUCGGAUGAGAGGUAAAUGAGAUGCUGGCGAUUUCAUCCAAAAAUUCAAAUGAACAAGAACUGCCAUUGCACAACUCUUUAAAACGCCAUAUCCCAAGUUCUCCUACUUCUGAAGCUGACAACACAACAAAUUUACCACAACCUCAGUUUUCAAUAUCAUCUCAAGCCUUUAAUAUGUUCCUAACCAGGUCUAUUGAAAAAAUCGCUAACGAACGUGAAACCCGUAAGUCUCACAAUUCAGGUGUCAAAAAGGCAUGUGAGGAGGCUCUCGUCCUGUUAAAAGAGCAACCACAAGUUUCAUCUAACAAUGCACUUUCGUCAACAGACGAAUCUAGCACACACUUGCCACCUCUAAAGUCAGAUUGUGGUAUAUUGUUGAGUGAUGAAAAACUUCUUCGUCCAUUCCAACUGGCUUGCACAAUGAAGUCACCAAAAAUUGUCAGUACCGCAGUCGAUUCAUUGCAGAAGUUAAUUGCUUAUGGUCAUAUCCCGAACACAGCGGUUUGCUCUUCUGGAAAAGUUCGCAUAAUCGAACAGGUUGUAACUACAAUAUGUUCAUGUUUUCAAGGUGUGCAAACUGAUGAUGGCAUUCAAUUACAAAUUUUAAAGGCACUCUUAACUGUGAUAACAAGCCCAGUCGUUGAAAUUCACGAAGCCGAUAUCCUUCUUGUUGUAAGAACUUGUUAUAACAUUUUUAUGGCUACAAAAAACCCAAUUAAUCAAGCAACAGCACGUGCAACUCUUACACAGAUUAUCAGUGUAUUAUUCCAACGGAUGGAGCAAAAUGCAUUUGAAGCAGCAGUUGCAAUGAAUGCACAUAUUUCUCCUACUUCUAAUUCAGCUACAAUAGAUGCAUGUCAUAAAGCUGAGCAAUCACCUGAGAAUUCAACACAAGUAUUAUUUGAAAAUGAAUCGGGUUCACAUAAAGCUGAAAAUAAUACUGGUGAAAAAUUACUGAAUGGUGAUGUCCAUAUCAACGAUUGUGACUCUCCUGACGCUGAUGAUUCUAAUAUACCUACAAAAGAAGACAAAGGUCUUGAAUCAAAAGUUGAUAAAAUAGUUGAAGAGAUUCUAAAUGAAAUAAUCCAAAAAGUCGCAGUAGAUGACGAAGAAGAUAGUAAUUCUCUGUCAUCAUCACUUUGUAUACCGAAUUCUGAAUCGCUACCUGAUAUGCGUAAAUCAUCCAUAAAUUCAUCUCGUUCUUCAUCCCUUUCAAUUUCAGUAAAUACCAACCCUAAUCAAGAAUGGCCAAGUUGUGAUGUUACUCCCAGUAUCGUUCCUGUCACUACUCCAGCUACCAAUAACAUACAUGAGUCAGAUUUAAAAGAUCCGAAUUCUGCACUGGUCGUGGAUAAUAAUUCUGAAGUUGUCACUUCAGCGCAUGUUACACAAAAAGAUGCAUUUCUUGUUUUUCGUAGUUUAUGUCGUUUGGCAGUGAAAGAUUUCACAGGUUCCGACUCAAAUGAUCCCAAAUCACACGCCGUUCGCUCAAAAUCUUUAUCGUUGCAAUUAUUACUCAACUUGUUACAACAACCUGGUCCGUUAUUUUCAACAAGCGAAAUAUUUAUAGCCGCUAUUAAGCAAUAUUUGUGCGUAGCUUUAUUUAAAAAUGGUACUUCACCAAUUGUGGAGAUAUUCGAGUUAUCUGUUGCUAUUUUUCUUGCCUUAUUGACAUAUUUCAAACCACAUUUGAAGCGACAAAUUGAAGUAUUCUUUAAAGAUGUCCUUUUGCUCAUUUUGGAGUCACCCAAGUCAUCAUAUGGGCAUAAAUUAAUUGUUAUUGAUGCAAUAAAACACAUAUGUAGUGAUGCACAAUGUUUAGUUGAUAUUUAUCUAAAUUAUGAUUGUGAUAUAAGUAUGGCGAACAUAUUCGAACGAUUGACAACAGAUUUAGCUAAAAUUGCUCAAGGACGUUGUUCGGUCGCUGAACAUGGUAAUAAUUCAUCGUUAUCAAGUCAACAACAACAACAGCAACAAAUACUACGAUCUAAUGGUUUAGAGUGUUUGGUGCUGAUUUUACGUUGUAUGACUGAAUGGUCACAAGAACUUUAUGCUAAUCCAGAAUCCCAGUCGUUUUUGUGUUCUGAACCAAUGUUGGUUAAUAACGGCGGUAAUACUGGUACAACAGUGAAUUCCAGUAUCGAUGCUAAUCAUAACAUGACUUUACCAGGAUCUGUUAAACCUUACGAUGACCCUGAGGCAUUUGAAUGUCGUAAAGCACAGAAAGAAAUUUAUGAAUCUGGUUUAGCACUGUUCAAUCAAAAUCAACCUCUUCGUUGUUUGAGAUUACUGCAAGAAAAUGAAUUGAUUGGAGAAUCUGUUGAGUCAGUGGCACAGUUUCUCUUAGUUGAAGAUCGUUUGUCGAAAUCACAUGUUGGCGAUUUCCUUGGUGAAAAUGAUCCGUACAACCUUCGUGUUAUGUACGCAUAUGUUGAUCAGUUUGAUUUCACUGACAAGAGUUUUGUUCCAGCUAUGAGGGAAUUUUUAUCUGGAUUUCGAUUACCUGGUGAAGCACAGAAGAUUGAUCGACUUAUGGAAAAAUUUGCUGCACGUUAUUUUGCAUGCAAUCCAAGUAAUAAUUUAUUUGCUUCAGCCGAUACUGCAUACGUUUUGGCUUUCUCAAUUAUUAUGUUGACUACAGAUUUGCAUAGCUCUCAAAUUAAACCACACAAUCGUAUGAGUAAGGAGGAUUAUAUACGCAUGAACCGUGGUAUAAAUGAUAGUCAAGAUUUACCAGAAUCUUACUUAGCUCAAAUCUAUGAUGAAAUUGCUAAUGCUGGUAUAAAAUUAAAAACUGAUGAUAACGUUACCAAACUUACAAAAGUUUCUGCAUCAACUGAAUUCAGCCCUAAACUAAAUAACCGACGAAAAACAGUAGAUGGAGAGGUUUUAGGAGAUUCUGUAAUAUCUGGUUCAUCUGAAUUUACCUGUGCAACCCAUUGUGAGCAUGUUCGUCCAAUGUUCAAAUUAGCUUGGACACCGUUUCUGGCUGCAUUUAGUGUUGGAUUACAGGAUUCCGAUGCUUUAGAUGUAACUCAUCUGUGUUUAGAAGGUAUUCGAUAUGCUAUACGUAUAGCAUGUAUAUUUCAUAUGGAAUUAGAGCGAGAUGCUUAUGUACAAGCCCUAGCACGAUUCACACUACUGUUAACAACUUCAUAUGUAAAUCCUACUGUUAUAAAUGGAAAUUCAUCAGGUAUAAAUGGAAAUAGUCAUCAGAAUGCUAAUUAUCGUCGUCUUCGAUCGGAGAAACUCAAUACGAAUGCAUCAACUACACUUACCACUGCUUAUACAAAUGCAUUAGGAUCAAAUCCAGCUUUAUCUACUCCAGAAGCGAUGAAACAAAAAAAUAUUGAUACAAUACGUACAUUGAUUACAGUUGCUCAAACAGAUGGUAAUUAUUUAGGACGUUCAUGGUUAGAAAUUUUACGGUGUAUAUCUCAACUGGAAUCAGCGCAUUUAAUCACUCAUGCAGUUUCAUCGGCAAAUGGUUUAAAUACAAAUAAUCCGCAUUUUGUCAAUCGUCCAGCACAUUUCAAUUCAUAUAACCCUUCUCAUAACCAAAAUGUUAAUGGAUCAUCUACGAUCACUUCACCAACAACAGAAAAUGCAUCAGUCAGAUCAAGUAAUUUAGUAUCAGCUAGUCCAACAGUUACAUCUAAUCAAAUUAUGGGCCAUAAUUUGAAUGAACCUGUUGCCCCAGGAAGUUUGGCUGCUGCUGUUGUGGAUUCUAAAAAAGCUGCUGUUCUACAAGAAGUAAUGGGAGAAACCGGAUCACAAAGUGUUGUAGUUGCUGUUGACAAAAUUUUCACUGGAUCAAUCCGUUUGGAUGGUGAUGCUAUUGUAGAAUUUGUGAAAGCUUUGUGUCAAGUUAGUCGAGAAGAAUUAAAUCUUCCUCAACCAAGAACAUUUUCACUUCAAAAAGUUGUUGAAAUUUCAUAUUAUAAUAUGGGUCGUAUUCGAUUACAAUGGUCACGUAUUUGGGAACAUAUUGGUAGUCAUUUUACUACAGCUGGUCGAUCAAUUGAUGAAGAUGUUGCUGAAUUUGUUAUUGAUUCUUUACGUCAAUUGUCAUUAAAAUUAAUAGAAAAAGGUGAAUUGCCUAAUUUCCAUUUUCAAAAAGAAUUUCUUCGUCCUUUUGUAAAUAUACUGGAAAUUGAACCAAAUGUCAGUCACAAAGUUCAAGAUAUGAUCGUUCGUUGUAUUUAUCAAUUGGUCCAUUCACAGUAUGCAAAUAUACGCUCUGGUUGGACAAAUAUUUUUACUGUACUACAUUCAGUAGCAUCAUCUUUAGAUGAAGGAAUUGUUGAUAUGGCAUUUGAAACUUGUCAUUUUACUGUGAAAGAUGUUUUCAAAGAACAUUUGCAUGUUGUAGUUGAUGCUUUUCAGUCUUUAGUGAAAGCAUUAGCGGAAUUUUCAUGCAAUCCUCGAUUUCCUGAUACAGCUAUGGAAAGUAUCCGUUUAAUUCGUAUUUGUGCACAUACAGUAGAUGAAAAAGAGUCAGUCUUUAUUGGUUUACAAAAUUCCGAAUUAUCUGUUUUAAAUAAUAAUUCAAUGGAAUUACCUAAUUCUGAUUUGAAAUAUGUUUACCUAUUACCUGAAGAUGAUCAAAUUUGGUUAAGAGGUUGGAUGCCUGUGUUAUGUGAAUUAUUUCGUGUAAUAAAUAGUUGUAAACUAGACGUCCGUACUCGUGGUCUUACUGUAUUUUUCGAUAUAUUAAAAUCACACGGUAAUAAAUUUAAACCAUUAUGGUGGCGUGAAACAUUUGCUGUUAUCUUUAGAGUUUUUCAACAUUUUCGAAUCUCUUCAGUAUCAUCAGAAUAUAAUGAGACUGUGACAAAUAUCGAUUCGAUAAAAACACUGUCACACUUGAAUACAUGGAAUGAAGAAGCCACUGUUAAUAAUGGUGUUAUUCAGCAUCAAACUCUUUCAAAUAUGGAACGUACUGAAUGGAUGAAUACAACUUGUAAUCAUACGUUAUUUUCGAUUGUGGAUAUAUUCACUCAAUUUUAUGACGUGUUACAUGAUAUUCUAUUAGAUGAUAUUUAUCAACAACUGCGAUUGUGUUGUUUACAAGAACAUGAACAGUUGGCUCGUUCAGGAACAAGUUGUUUAGAAACCUUAAUUUUAUCUAAUGGUAAACGAUUCAAUGAUAAAAUUUGGGAAUCUACAGUAAAUUUAAUUGUUGAUCUUUUCAAGUCUACAGUACCACAUCAAUUGCUAACAUGGCGCCCAGAACAAAUGCCGAUUGAGAUCAAUGAUCAAAGUAUUAUCACCCCAUUUGUAAAUGGCAAUCAACAAUCUGUACCCGGUCAUGUUGCUAGAGCACAUUUGUUUGCUGAUCUACUCAAUAAAUGUGUAGUGCAAUAUGAAUUAAUACAAACAGUUGAUCAUAUUUUAUUUUAUUCAUCGCAUAGUAGAAGUGAAGAUAUUCAUUAUUUACAUGAAGCACGUCGAUUAGCCGCUGCAUCCUAUCCAGCAUUUGAAGCGGCUCUACAAGCAGCUACAUCACCUAAUCAACCAACAGUAUUCACUCCCUCGUAUUUUCUCACUAAAGAUAAUAACAUUAGUAAUAAUACAGGAAGUAGAAUAUCAGUAGAUAUCAUUAAUCAUGAUCAUUCAACUGCAACAAACAAAAGUUUGACGAACAACAAUAAAGAUGAUCAACAUAUGUUAGAUUCUUCCGAAAACGUCAAUAUACUAGAAAACGGAAAGGCUAGUACUCAAUACUUUUUCGAAGCUAAUUUAAAUAAUACAACUCAGUUAAUUGGAGCUAGUCCAUUACCAUCUGAUUCCCGAGGUAUGUACCCUCAUUUAUCGCCACAACAACGUCUUACUUUGGCAAAAUGUCUGUUAGAUUCACAUGCAUUUGCUAAACAAUUUAAUUCACAUGAUGAACAACGAAAUAUUCUGUUUCAAGCAGGCUUCAAAGUGAAAGCUAAACCGAAUUUAUUAAAACAAGAAACACAUAGUUUAUCAUGUGCUUUGCGUAUAUUGUUUCGUUUAGCUGAAGAGGCAAGUGAUAUACGUGAACAGGCUGAUGAAUUACUAGAUCAAGUAAUACUGGAUGCUUUUCGUUAUUAUCAUGGUUUAAUUAUUGAUGGACAUCGACAUGCAUGGGAUCCUUGUUUAAUAUUAAUUAUUACACAAUUAAUUCAAUUGUCACCUUCGUCUAGAUUUCAUAAACAUGCUACUUGUCUAUAUCCUGGUCUGUGUGAUUUAGUUGCAAUGGCUGGUGGAAUUUCACCGCAAGUUGCUGCUUUAAUUCGUAUCUUUUUAUUACGUUGUGGAGCCUUCUUCAUACCUAUGAACAAUGGUGGUGUUCGUGGUGGUAGUGCUCUCACUAGUAACCUCAACAACAAUAGUUGUAACGAAAAUGGAUAAUUCUUUAUAAACAGCACAACUACAUGGUGUAUACCUUUCUGUUUUGACUGAUUAUUAGAGAGUCCAUAUGAAGCCAACUGAAGUGCCAAAAAUUGUCCCUAUGCAAAAGGGCUGGUAUGUGUAGUAUGUUUCUGAUUCAAUAACUUUACUUACUCUAUACAUUUCUUUUAUAUUGUCUCUUACAAUUUUCUGUCAUCUUUUAUUAUUCGUGGGCUUUGAUUAUCAUUAUUAUUAUUAUAACAAAAGCUCAGAAAUGUGUCAUCAUGUUCACUAUUUUGUGUAUUCAUCUUUUUUGUUACUUCUUCCUCAGUGAAUUUCUCUUUGGUUAGCUUACAUUCCAUAGAAUUUGUGAUAUAAAUUUAUUUGGUAUUCCUUUUUCUUUUGAUUGAUUUAAAACUAUUAAGCAAAAUACCACAUACAUACACACAUACAUACAUAAUAGUUGUUUUUUGGGGAAAAAGAUGACAACCAGUAAUAAUAAUAGUAUGCCUACAUUUAUAUAUUUGUUUAUUUGAUAAAUGAAUUCAAUCCAGUGCCUUUUAUGAAAUAAAAACUUGAUCAUUGAUCGAUCAAUCGAUGAUUAUGAUGAUAAUGAUGAUAAUUUGUUGUAUUCUUGUUCAAUUUGAAACAAAUCACUUAUCAUGAUGUUUUUAUUUGUCUCAAAAAAGAAGGCUAAGAUAAAUAACUGUUUAGUGGUUUUCUUUACACACUAACUGGCAUAACACAUUGUCUAACUGAAUACUUAGACGAAAAUCCGCUAUCCUAUAUUUAUUAUCAUUUGAAUUGCAAAUCAUUCUGUGUUCAUUGUUAUCUUCUCCUUUAUUGACUAUCGUCAUCGUAAUCAUCACUAUAUGUAAUUAAGCGAAAUAAACUAAUGUGAACAUUCUAUCAUAAUUAUCCAGUGUAUCUGUUCACAUUAAUUUUCUCUUGUAAUUUCACUAAUUUCUACUUCCUUGUCAAUAAAUGGCUGUGUGAUUCUACAAAGAUAUUAUUCAUCUUACAGGAAUUAUGUUUUUUUUUCGGUGUACUUCUUUCAUUUAUUAAAUGUAACUGUGUUUUGUCUCUCCCUCUCUCUCUCUCUCGUCAUGUUAUGUUGUUUUUUUUGCUUCUUUGUGAACAUUGUAUGAUAGAUAUUCUGCUUGCAUGAUAACAUUUAAUUUCAAUCUGGACAGCAUAAAACAUUCUAUUCUAGUUUUCUGUCCAUCACUAGUACAAUUAUGAGAUUGUCCAGACGAAUUAAUUCUUAUCGUUUAACUGCCUUUCACCUUAUUGUCAUCAAUCCCUUGUAUUGAUUGAUCGAUUACUGGAACUGUUGUUAUUGUUAUCACUUUUACUGUGGCUCUCAUAUUACUUCCAGGCUUACUGGAAUGUGUAAGUCCUUAAUUUACUAACUUUCUAUUUUUCCCUGGUUUAUUAUUAUUAAUUUUGAACAAUUUGUUUGUUGUGUGGAUAAUGUUGUUCUUUUCACAUAUUCACUGUAGGCUAUUUCAUUAUUUUAUUGUUUUUAGAGCAAUGAGAAGUUACCCAUUACACCUAUUAUUAUUAUUAUUAUUAUUAUCAUUAUUAUUAUCAUUAUCAUUAUUAUUAUUAUUAUU